GGACUGACUUUGUUUAGCCUUGUUCAGGGCGCGCUAUUUAGUUGUCUCGCAAUCCAACAGAGGGCAAUGAAGUUCAAGUACAAAGAGGAACAUCCUUUUGAAAAACGACUAGAGGAGGGUGAAAAAAUUAGAAACAAAUACCCAAACUAUGUGCCUGUGAUAAUCGAGAAAUCCCCACGGGCUCGUGUGGCCGAUCUGGACAAAAACAAAUACCUUGUCCCGUCUGACCUCACGGUUGGGCAGUUUUACUUUCUGAUUCGCAAACGAGUCUCCCUCGAGCCUGACGCCGCGCUCUAUUUCUUCGUAGACAACACCAUUCCACCAACCAGUGCCACAAUGGGUGCACUAUACGAGCAGCAACAGUCAAACUUUCCAUGCAUCAUCAAACCGAACAAAGUCGGUUUGAAACGUUUUCAUAUCUCUCUGGAACCAAAUUUCGAAACUGUAGCGCCCUUUCGGUGCCUAGCUGCCAUGCCACACGAAGGAAGCACGAGGGCUGGGAUACUGUCAGGUUGCCCGAGCCUAGACAGGGAAAGUCGAGAGGCAGAGGUCGAGUUCGAAUCACGGACCUUCCGUAGAACUCCUCAAAUCGAAUUCAGGGUAGCCAGUGUAAGUUCCCUUCACUGCGUGGAUCUACCUACUCAAACACUUCAGUCAGGCGAAAAAAUGAGGGCUCUGUUUCGACUCAGUUCUGUUUCGUCACCUUGUCCUUUCCUGUCAGUUUUUAUACGGUGGUUAAGCAUUUUUUGCACUAAACUUGGUCUUAGAUCGUUCAGCUGUAACACCUUUUCGAUUCCCAGCUGUCAUGCCAUCCUAAAAAAGCGCAAGGGCCAAGGUACCGCUAGGUUGCUUAAACAUAGACGGGUGCAGUUGAGAUGUCGUUGGAUCCGAACCGCGGACCUUCCGAUCAGGGGAUUGUUUGGAGAUGAUUGGCAUAGUUUCACUCAAAUAUCUGGAAGCUUACAUGCACAGAGAUACGUUCAUCCUGGACUUUCAUUGGGACGAAUCAAUACUAUCAGGUUCCACCGACCAACUACGUGCUUUCGCUACAUGCCGUCGCCAACCCUAGUUAUCCCGCAUCUUAUUCCCUUUGUGUUAUCAUCAUCACCAUCGACGGUGUUCAACACCGAUGCUUCACCGCCGUACAACCAUGAUUUAUUUGAAAGCCUUAUUGUAAAGAAAAGAAUAAAGACAUUCACUCAGGCAAUCUGGAUAGAAACUGACAACAAGAACGCCACUGACAUCGGUUGGCAGCCAUAUCUUGUAGUGUCUCCAACCAGGCACAGUGAGGAUCACGCGGUCCCCAUCCUGGAAGGCGAGUAG